AUGACGGGCCAGGACUUCACCACCGCGCCGCCGGUGCACCACGACGACAACCUCGAGACCAAGAAGCGUCUCUCGAGCCAGAACGAUGAGGAGGGAUACGCCAAGGAGCUGCAGCAGCAGCCGCUCGACCCGUAUGGCGAUGAGGUCGGCGCUGCUGUGCAGUACAAGACGAUGAAGUGGUGGCAGGGUGCAAUUGUCAUGAUUGCCGAGAACAUCUCGCUGGGUAUUCUUUCGUUGCCUGCAGUCAUCGCCAAGGUCGGCCUGAUUGGUGGUCUCAUCGCCAUCGUCGGUCUUGGCAUCUUCACCACCUACUCCGGCUACCUGCUGUGGCAGUUCCGCAUGCGCUACCCCCAGUGCACCAACAUGGGUGAUGUCGGCGAGGUUCUGUUUGGCCGCUUCGGUCGCGAGUUCUUCGGUGCUUUCUACGUCCUCUACUGCAUUUUCUCCGCCGCCAGCCAUCUCUUGACCUUCGUGAUUGCCAUGAACGUCCUGACUGGCCACGCGACGUGCAGCAUUGUCUGGGGCAUUGUUGGACUCGUCAUUUUCAGCAUCCUCACCAUUCCUCGCACCCUGAAGAACGUCUCGUUCCUGUCCAUCAUCUCCUUCCUGAGCAUUCUUUCCGCUGUUCUGCUCACCAUCAUUGCCCUCGGCGUUGCUCCCAAGGCCUCCUACUCCGAGAUGGACGGCGUCUACCACCCCAGCUUCCCCUCGGCCUUCAACAGCAUUUCCAACGCCGUCUUCGCCUAUGGUGGCCACGUCGCAUGGCUCAGCUUCAUCAGCGAGUUCCGCAACCCCGAGGAGUUCCCCAAGGCCCUGUAUACUCUGCAAUCCAUCGAUACCACGCUUUACGUCAUUGCCGCCCUGACCAUCUACCGCUACGCCGGCGAGGACGUCCCCAGCCCUGCUCUCAGCGCCAACAGCGCCGUCGUCAGCAAGGUUGCCUGGGGAAUUGCCAUGCCCACCAUCGUCAUCGCCGGUGUCAUCUUCGCCCACGUCACGGCCAAGUACGUCUACCUGCGCAUGUUCGCCGGCACCAAGUACCUGCACAGCCGCGGCGUCGUGGCGACGGGCUCGUGGAUCGGCCUGGGCGUCGGCACGUGGACCAUCUCGUGGAUUAUCGCCUCGUCGAUCCCCAACUUCAGCGACCUGCUCGGCUUCGUCAGCGCCCUGUGCGCGUCGUGGUUCUCGUACGGCAUCCCCGGUUUCCUGUGGUUCCACCUCAACAAGGGCCGCUGGUUCAACGGCCCCAAGCAGAUCCUCUGCGCCUUCUCCAGCUUCUGCCUCAUCGUCAUCGCCAUCAUCAUCUUCGGUGUUGGCCUGUACGCCUCCGGCUACCAGAUGUCCAUCGACUCGUCCGGUGCGAGCUGGAGCUGUGCUGACAACUCGAAAUGA